AUGGCCUUCCAAUGCGGUCCUUGCGGUCGUUCAUUCAAGACUGACGCAGGCUUGCAGCAGCAUUGGCAAACUGCAGGCGACCAUAAGAAGACGAGUCGCCUCUGCAAUCUCUGCAAUCGCUGGACACCUAACGAAGAGGCCUACAAGCAGCACUUGUUGGAUCCGAAAUACCAUAACAAAUGCACCAUUUGUAACACAACUUUCCCAUCGAGCAAAGCUAGCCUCGACAAGCAUAUGAUGGAAGCUCAUCGCCGAUGCCCCAUCAACAACUGCAUGAAGAUAUUCCAGCCCCAUCAGCUAAGCGACCACAUGCAUUAUGCUCAUAUGCACUGUGGCAAGUGCAACAAGACCUUCCCGACGGAGGCUGAAUUCCAGACGUGUGGUGUCGAUUUCCUCAAUGACGAGGGAUUCCGGGAGCAUUGCAAGGCAAACCACUUUUCCUGCUCCAAGUGCAACAUGGUCUUCAUGACAAAGGAGACUCACACUCGCCACCUGCAGACGAGCAGUGUUCACUAUUUCUGCAACAAGUGCUCUAUCGAGUACAACUCGCCUCAUACGCUGAUGGCCCACUACGGACUGCCGAAGACUUGGGCAAGCGGAGUCCAGCACCACUACUGCGCGCAGUGCUUUGCCGAGUUCGAGAACGCAGAGGGUUUGAAGAACCACUACUUCAACUCAAGCAUCCACCACUACUGCAUCCUGUGUAAUAAGAACUUCACAGACGCGGCAGCGCUGAAGAACCACCUGCAGGCGAAGCAGAUCUCCCACCACUACUGCGGGAUCUGCAACGUGCCCUUCCGCACCGAGAAGGAGCACUCCCUGCACUACAUGCAGAACCCGGCGACGCACUCCUACUGCCAGCCCUGCCGCCAGAAGUUCCCGACGCACGCCGCGCUCGCCGCGCACAAGCUGCAGAGCCCCGCGCACCACUACUGCAAGGACUGCGACGCCGACUACGAGGAGCGGGAGAUCCUCGUCUUCCACCUGAAGAAGAAGCACAACUUCUGCGAGGCCUGCGACCGCUUCUUCGCGACGCCCGCCGCGGCGGAGCAGCACGUGCGCGAGGGCGCCAACGGCAACCACCACUACUGCGGCGACUGCGAGAAGGAGUUCGCCGACCCGGAGAUGCUGCAGCUGCACCUGCGGGCGAAGCACCACUACUGCGACGCGUGCGACGCGGCGUUUUCCGCCGCCGCGGGCCUGCGCGGCCACAACUUGUCGCGCCACGGGUACCUGCGCUGCGACGCGUGCCCCGAGCCGCUGCUGUUCCCCGACGCCGCGGCGCUGGCGGCGCACGCGAAGGCGCGGCACCCGCGCUGCGAGCGCUGCGAUGAGGGCUUCGGCUCGGCGGAGGAGUACGGGGCGCAUGUGAGGGGCAGCGCGGUGCACCAUUGCUGUGAGGUGUGCGGGUAUGACUGUGUUGAUGGGCCGGAGUUGGCGUCGCACAUGGUGCUGCAUCAUCAUUAUUGCCAUCGGUGCGAUGUGUUUUUGAAGACGAGGGAGGAGCUGAGGGUGCAUAAGGCGGAGUGCGCGACGGAGGUUGGAGGACCGGCUAGUGAGGUGGGAGGUGAUGAGAAGAAUGUGGAUGAUGCGAAUGUUGCGAAUGAUGGGGGGGACGGAGACGGAGCUGUAACGCGCCCUUAUUCGGAUAGCAGCCAUGAGGGUCAUGGCGAGGGCGAUGGUGAUAGUAUGCAGUUGGCGAAGACCAAGCCCAAGCCCGCCGCGCUCACCCUCAACCCCAAACCCAAACCCAAGUCCAAGUGCCCCGGGUGCCCAGCAACCUUCGACACCCCCCUCGCCAUGGCCACCCACAGCGAGUCCUCCCCCCAGUGCUGCGCGGCUCUAUACGCACACCUGCGCACCCAAGACGCGCCCCACCGCGCCUUUACCACCACCACGACCUCUACCUCUACCACCACCUCCACCACUGCUGCUGCUGCCUUUACCAAAACCCCCACAACCCUCGCCAUCGCGGCCCCCGAGUCCCUCGACCGCUUCCGCAGCAACUGGUCCGGCCUCUACGACUGCUGGCCGUGCAAGCUGCAGUUCGCGGAGCGCGAGGAGUUCGCGGCGCACCUGGAGAGCGCCGCGCACCAGCCGAUGCGGUUCAGGUGCCCCCGGGAAGAGUGCGGGGAGGGGUUUGCGAGGUUCGGUGGGUUGUUGGGGCAUUUGGGGAAGGGGGAGGAGUGUGAGAGUUGGGUUGGGGAGGAGGUGGAGGUUUUGAGGGGGUUUUUGGAGUGA